CUCAUACACAUAUCUAUCUGCUUAUUCUUUGGCGCCGGCACAAAACAAAAGGAAAUUCGCUGAUAAACGUAACGCGAACAGGCGGAAAAGUGGUACGACUAUGACGAGUUUUCGCAAACGCACCAAGCCCAUAACCAUACGGGGGACACGUACAAGUCCCCACACCGCCCAAGUGAUAACGUCGAGUGGCAAUCCAUCGCUGGACAUGAUUCUCGGGGGAGGCCUACAAAUUGGCUCAAUUUGUUUGAUUGAAGAAGAUCGCUUUAUGACGCAUGCGAAGGUAUUGGCCAAAUACUUUCUGGCCGAGGGCGUGCUCUCCAAACAGGAUAUAUUUUUGGGCAGCUUGGACGACAUACCCGCAGAGAUGCUGCGUCGCUUGCCCAAGCCACUUACCGAUGAAGAGGCCGAGGUGGAGCAACUGCAGCAGCAGCAGGAACAACAAGCAAUUGAUCAACAGGCGGAUAAAAAUGGCCUGCGCAUUGCCUGGCGCUAUAGCGACUUGCCGUUGGUCAACUCCGAGCAGGCGUCGGCCAAAAUUGGGCAUCACUUCAAUCUAAUGGAGCACAUGGACACUAUGCAGCUAUACUAUGCACAGACCACGGUAUGGGAUGACAGUGAUAAGGAGCCGGAUAUCGUCAUACAAGAAGAGUGCUCCAAGAGCAGCUCGUCGUCUGUUUCGCUCGAGCGAGAGCAGCCGGCUGCUAUUGAACCCAUGCCGGAGGGCGACGUUAUGAGCAUCGGGGCCGGCGAUAAUACCACUGCCAACAACAACAACAUUAAUGCAGCUAACAUGGACAAUAGCAACACUGCCAAUAUCUACAACAACACUACGACCACAACGCCAGCGAGCAACUGCAGUCCAGCGAGCAGCACGCAGCCACCACAUAUCUUUUAUAAUCAACGCUAUGGACGCCUGUUCAACGAAAUGCAACAACUACUGCACGAAAAGAGAUUCAUGCCCGGCACCAACACCCAGCAGAAGAAUUUAUGCCGUGUCUGCCUCACAUCGCUCGGGUCCCCGCUGUGGUACGACGACCAUUUUGGCGAGGAUAUGCUCAAGUUUCUAACCGUGUUGCGUGCCAGCAUCCGCAGCUGCACCUCGGUCUGUUUCAUCACAAUGCCCAUGCACCUGAUUGCCAAAUACGAUAGCACCCUGGUUGCCAAAAUACGCCAACUGGUCGAUUAUGCCAUUGAAUUGGAGUCAUUUGCUGGCUCGGAGCGUGAAACGCAUCCGGCCUAUAAGGAAUAUAGCGGAUUGUUGCAUCUGCACAAGAUGACGGCCCUAAACACGCUGGCCGCCCACAUGCCAGAGACCACAGAUUUGGCAUUCAAGCUGCGACGCAAGAAGUUCGUCAUUGAAAAGCUGCAUCUGCCUCCAGAACUGCAGGAGACGCCGACUAAUUCAACCAUGACUAGCAGCGUGUCUUUGCCAAAAUGUGCUGCUGGCACUGAAUUGUCAAUCAAUUCCAAUGCUUCCCUGGACUUUUAAUGGCAGGCAUUGUCACGAUUUUGUGGCUUUUGCACCCACCAACAUUUUCCAUUGUAUCCAGGCAGCUCACUGCAAUCGGCGCCACGCGUGUGUCAUACAAACAAACAAACAAACAAAAACUAUGGAAUUGCUUAUUACCACUUUUUUCGAGCGGCCCAAAAAGAACUUCAAUUCCCCUACCCUAUUCAAGUUGUGAAGUGAAACUACAACUACUAUGAAUUAUGCUAAAAGCGAAGUAAAAUUAUUUAGUCUGUCACAAUUAAUCCAUUUUCGAGAGCCCAACAAAUAUCGUAUAAUUAGUACAAUCGAUAAUUUUAUAAGAUUUUUGUUAACACAUUAUUAAUUUAUACAAAGGAAAAAAGUUGCGCAAAAUUCCCCUAUGUAUUUAUAUCAAGUGCGUAUAGUUUUUUCCAAAUUUAUGAAACAUUUUUGUAAUAUUUACAUAAUUUGCAGGCCAUUGAAAGUUUGUUACAAAUAGAUAUUAUUCAAUUGGUUCUUUUCAAAUUAUACAAAUUUUAAGUACAAACAAUUUUUUUUAUUUUUGGCAUUUAUUUCAAUCAAUUUACAAAUACAGCUACUUAAAGAAUCGCUACAUUAGUUAAUAUACGUUCAUAUGAAAGAACUUUAUGUUAUUGGAAAGGCCUUAGUCCAAAAAUAACACAAGCCGAACAAUUUUGUUACUUUUCUGGUAUGUCUGAUUUAAUUUGUAAUCAGACCGUACAACCUACAAGAUAUAUUGACUGAAAUAAAACGGAGUUUUUUAAUUGAUUCAUAAA